GCCCUCGCUGUCACUCGCUGUCACCGCCCAAGCCCCACGCUGGCCACUUCUGAAGCCCCUGACGCCAUGGAGGAGUGGGACGUGCCCCAGAUGAAGAAGGAGGUGGAGAGCCUCCGGUACCAGCUGGCCUUCAAGAGGGAGCUGUCCUCAAAGACCAUCCCCGAGCUCCUCAAAUGGAUCGAGGACAGUACCCCCAAGGACCCCUUCCUGAGCCCCGACCUGAUGAAGAACAACCCAUGGGUGGAGAAGGCCAAGUGCACCAUCUUGUGAGCCCCGCCCCACACGCGCGACUCUGUCAAGACCAGCUCUGUAAAGUGCAGCUUUAUAAAGACUUCUGAGUGC